AGACCAUAGUCAUUAACUACCAAAUUCUUAGUGCCAUAUAUAAUUUUACCCGGCUGCUCUAGUCAAACACAAUAGGUUUGUAAUUGUCGCUUAGCUUUGGGCUUUUGGUACACUUCCCGUAAAUUUUAAAUCAGCGAGCAGAAAAAUGGUGAAUGAGGUAAUAAUGAAGAAGAACCCUAAAAAUUUGAAUUUGAAUCCGAAUUGGGCUCAGCUUCAACAGAAAUUGAACAUCCAGAAUUCGAAACCCAAGCUUCAAGGAAAUUCACUGCAAUCUGAUGGAAGUUCUUCACUUACAGUUUUAGGAAAACGCAAACGAUGCCCUGACUCGGCAUCCAAUGAUUCUCAACCUAAUAUUCUUGCACCUACUUCCUCUGACUUUAGUGUGACAGAUGAGGUAGGCAUGGAUUGCGAGAUGGUUGGUGUGAGUCCUCAGGGAAAUAAAAGUGCCCUUGGACGAGUGACGUUGGUCAAUAAGUGGGGAAAUGUGAUAUAUGAUGAAUUUGUCCGGCCUGUUGAUCGUGUUGUUGACUUUCGGACACAAAUUAGUGGAAUACGACCCCGUGAUUUGAGGAAAGCAAAAAAUUUUCCAACAGUUCAGCAAAAGGUGGCCGAACUGAUCAAAGGAAGGAUUCUUGUUGGUCAUGCUCUGCACAAUGACCUCAAGGCACUCUUGCUAAGUCAUCCAAAGAAAGAUUUGCGUGACACUUCAGAAUACCAACCGUUUUUGAAAGAAAGUCGUAGAAAGGCACUUCGACAUCUUGCUGUUGAGUUUCUUGGUGUGCAGAUUCAGAAUGGAGAGCAUUGUCCUAUUGAAGAUGCUCGUGCUGCAAUGAUGCUUUACCAGAGGCACAAAAAGGAGUGGGAGAGGAAUGUCAAAGACCGGUCAAGGCUUAUGGAGAAACAAAAGAAACGCAAAAAGCGCAAGAAUUCAAGCAAGAAAGUGGCUGUGGAGUGAAGGAAGGAAAUGUGGCACCUGACAGCUUCAUUAGUGGGCUCCUUUUGCACCUGAGAAAUAUGUGAACAAAUAGGGAGCAAGAGAAGUGGUAAACCUAGAUAAGAUCAAAAUUGGAAGCAGCACUACUUCCAAAAAGCCACUGAGUUUUGGCUCAAAUGGUGUACCUGCAAAAACUAUGAGCAGAGAAAACAAUAUAUAAGUGGAAAGUUAAGAUAUCUCUGUUUCACUUGAUUUGAUUUUGAUUCUUUGGUUCGUUUCUCUUUUAAUUGGUGUCUUUGUAAAGUGGCAUUUUCUGUGACUGUCCAUUGCCUAAUCCUCCUUUACCAACAAAUUUUGCAUACUGUACUUUCUCUGUUUUUUUAAGUUGUACUCAUGUUUGACUUUGGUACUAUUUAUCAACCAGAUUACCUAGCUUAUUAUCGGUAAUCUAUAAGUUAAAACAUAGUUAUAUGAGAUUUUGUUUCAAUUAUUUUGAUUGAAAGUUUAUUAAUUUUUAGUUUUUAUAAUUUUUUAAUCUACAUAAUUAGAUAGAAUAUUAAUGAUUGAAAACGUGCAUUGGGUGAUGUGAAAAUACAAAUGAUGCGAGUAUAAGGAGGUUUUUGUUUCUUUUUAAAAUUAUAUUGAUUAGUUAUUCAUGGGAGAUUAUACCAUAAAAAAUAUGGAGAUGAAAUAAAAAGAAAAAUAGAGUUUGUGGAUGAAAUGAGGAGAAAAGUUGAUGUGGAUGAGAUAUAACAGAAAAUGUGAGGUUAUAAAGAUUAAUAUAAAAUAUAGUAAAAGCAGGAGCCAAUCAAGAAAGAAUAGUAUAGCAAAUUCAGGAGUAAUAUGUAAAGUAUUGAAGUAUUAAUUUGAUUAUUGCAAUUUUCUGCCUGUUAUUUCUAGGCAUACUUGCUUUCUAAUAAAAUUCAACUCUAAUUUUAAAAGGAUUCACAAUUUUGGGUAAUCCAGUUGCAUUCCAAAUUUCUAUCUUCUUUUUCUUCCUGAUAUUAUUUUACACAAUUUUU